AUGGCAAACCCUUCUGAUCAAGACCUGGAAACGGGGGACGAUGAGCGCUCGGGUCGACUGGGCCGUCAAACCCACAUUCGAUUCGACGACCCAUCGGAGACUACCCUCACUGGCGGUGGUCAGGCCCAGCAACAGAGUCGGCCUCGUUCGCUGAGCCGGGAUACCACCAGAAGCGGGAGAACUGGCAUUCAAAGCAACAGCAAUGCCGGUAUCCCAAUUGAGUUCCGAACCCUCUCGAUUCAGAUCUCCGAGACACAAAAAGCCCCCGAGGAGACUCUCAAAGCCCGAAGCGAGAGCUCGAAAAACUCCGACCAGGAUUACUUUGAGAGCCUGGAUUACCAUGUACUCGGCAUCGACAGACUGACUCAAGAAUUCAAUGUGGACCGUCGCGUCGGGCUAAGUAGCUCAGCUGCUGCUACUCGACUCCAGCGCGAUGGAAAGAACGUCAUCUCCCACCAUCGGGAGAACUAUCUAAAGAAGAUUCUAGGAUAUGUCUUUGGAGGCUUCUGCUCCAUCCUAUGGAUCGGUGUCAUCAUCUUUUUCAUCUGUUGGAGACCGCUGAGCAACCCCCCGUCCCCGACCAUGUUAGCCAUGGCCAUUGUCGUCAUCAUUGUCAUUAUCCUACAGGCGAGCUUUUCCGCCUUCCAAGAUUGGUCCACCAAGAUGGUGAUGAAUUCCAUUCUGAACCUGCUGCCCUCGGAGGCUUUGGUAUUACGUGACGGGAAACAGAUCAAGGUUCCCUCGACCGAGCUGGUUGCCGGUGACAUUGUCUACAUCUCGAUUGGCAACAAGAUCCCGGCAGACAUGCGUCUCUUCCAAAGCUCGGGGGAUGUCCGCUUUGACCGAGCCAUCCUUACCGGCGAAGCGGAUGAAAUCGAAGGAGCAAUCGACUCCACCGACUCGAACUUCCUGGAAACCAGAAAUAUUGCCCUGAUGGGCACCAGCGUGACCAACGGGAAUGCCAUUGGCGUGGUCGUCCUCACGGGCAGCCGGUCCGUCAUGGGUCGCAUCGCCAAAAUCACCGUCGGCGUCAAGGAAAAGCCCACGAUUAUCCAAAAGGAGAUCACGCGGUUCGUCAUGAUCAUCAUCGCCCUGACCCUCACCCUGGUGCUUCUCAUUCUAUUCACGUGGGUCGGUUGGCUGCGCGUUGACCACUACGAAUUCAUGAAUGUGGUGACGAUGUUGACCAACGUGAUGGGCUGCGUGGUGGCCUUCAUCCCCGAAGGCAUGCCCGUCGGUGUGGCACUGACUUUCAUGAUGAUCGCAAGACGCAUGAAGCAGGUGAACAUCCUUCCCAAGGGCCUGGCAACGGUGGAAACGUUAGGCUGCGUCAACAUCAUCUGCUCGGACAAAACAGGCACGUUGACCCAGAACAAGAUGACUGUGAGGUCGCUUGGUCUACUGGAUGCCGAAGUGGAUCUGGAUCUGUCUGGGCCCCAGGGGAAUUUUAAGGAUCAGCCUGAGCAUCUUCAGGACUUGUUGCGAGGCUCGUUUCUGUGCAAUGAUGCCUUCUUCGACCCGAGGACGAUUGCCUUACCCAUCAACGACCGGGAAGUCAUUGGCAACGCCACUGACGCUGCUGUCCUACGGUUCGCCGAGACAAUGCAGCCUGGGAGCCAAGACCAGCUUGCGCCGUAUGAACGAAUCCAUCAAAUCGCGUUCAAUUCGAAGAACAAAUGGAUGCUCACUGUGCACAAAGAUCCCGCUCUGGCCAAAGGAUACCGCCUGCUCGUCAAGGGAGCCCCGGACGUCCUUCUUCCAAAAUGCACGUCAUAUCGGUCUGGUCGUGACAACCAGAUCAAGGCUCUGGACGACAAGGCCAGGGAGCAAUUCUCCGCAUACCAAGCCAAACUGUCGAUGCGGGCAGAGCGUGUUAUCGUGCUGUGCCAGCGAAAUUAUACCCCGCGCGCCGCAACUGGGACCAACGAAUUGAACGAAGAGAUCCUAGCCAACGGCGUGCAAGAUCUUACCAUCAUCGGAAUCUUCGGGAUCAUCGACCCUCCCCGUGUGGAGAUCGCGCAGACCAUCGCGGACUGCCGACGCGCGGGGAUCCGAUUCUUCAUGGUGACGGGUGACUUUGGCUUGACAGCUGCGGCCAUUGCGACCGAUGUCGGUAUCUUCAACGGCGAAGCCCCCCCAGACACCGUGGACGACCUCGGCGCAGACGAAAAGCAGACGACGCGCUCUCGACACAGUCUCCUCCUCGACGGAUCUCACAUCUCAUCCUUGGUCGAAGAGCACUGGGACACGAUCUACAAAUACGAAGAGAUCGUCUUCGCGCGGACGACACCGGAGCAGAAGUUUCGCAUCGUGGAAGAGCUCAAGGCCCGGGGUGGCGUCGUGGCAGUAACCGGCGACGGCGUCAACGACGCGCCAGCCCUCCGCACAGCAGAUGUGGGAAUCGCAGUGGUGACAGGCAGCGACGUGGCGAUCGAGGCAGCCGACCUGGUCCUCCUCGACCGCUUCGACUCCAUAACCGAAGCCAUCCGCCUCGGACGACUCGUCUUCCAAAACCUGCAAAAGGUCAUCGCCUACCUCCUCCCAGCCGGCAGCUGGUCCGAGAUCUGGCCAGUGCUAAUGAACGUCUUCAUCGGGGUCCCCCUCCCACUCAGCUCCUUCCUCAUGAUAAUAAUCUGCGUCUUCACCGACCUCUUCCUCUCGCUCUCGCUCAUCAUGGAAAAAGAAGAAUUCGACCUCCUCAGCAUGCCCCCCCGCAACACCAAAAAAGACCACCUCAUCAACCUCAAAAUCUACAACCAAGCCUACCUCUUCACCGGCGUCAUGGAGACCCUCUGCGCGCACAGCAUGUUCUUCUUCUACAUGUACAAGAAAGCCGGCAUCCCCUUCCACGCCCUCGUCUUCGCCUUCGAAAACUACUCCGCCGGCUUCUACGGCUACUCCCAAGCCGAACUAACCCACUUCAACAACACGGGCCAAUGCGUCUACUUCGUCAGCCUCGUCAUGCUACAGUGGGGCAACAUCUUCUCCGUCCGCAACAAGCGCAUGUCCAUCCUCCAGGCGGACCCCUUCCGCCGCGAGCGCCGCAACCCGUGGCUGCCGCUCGCGAUGGCGGUAUCCCUCGCGAUCGCCAUCUUCGUGACGGAGGUUCCUGGCAUUCAGAGACUGUUUUUGACGGCGUCGGUGCCGAUUGAGUUUUGGUUUAUUCCGCUCGGUCUGGCGCUGGGGAUUUUGCUGAUGGAUGAGUUGAGGAAGUUGGUUGUGAGGGUGUUUCCGGGGAGUGUGAUUGCGCGGAUAGCGUGGUGA